CCGGAUUAUUUAAUUUCAAUAUUAAUUAUUCAUAGAAAAAGUUUUUAGCUUGAUUAUUAUGAGAUUGAAUGUGAUUGUGUAUGCAAUUUUUUAAAUUGUAGAAGUUGUAUUUUUGACGAAGGCUGCGUUUGUAUAUCAGCGGAUCCGCCAAAAAUUGGAGGAUUUGACCGUGUUGGCGUUUUGGACCGGCAAAACCGCUGGAAAUUUGCGUUUGGUAAACAGCAGCUCAGGAUAGCGAUUCGUAUGAAUCCGCCGAAAACCAAAACGCUGGGAAUUGGAGCGUUUAGGUUUUGGCGGAUUGAAAUCAUUAUUGAAUUCACCCGAUUGCCCUCGAUUCAUCUUCCUAUUUUCCUAUCGUUUCAGCCGCUUGAGGUAUCGCGUUCAGUGCUUCCUCUCUUCAGCUAGACGGGGUCUGCUUUUUCUCUUCAGCAACAGAUUUCCCUCUUCAAGGUUCUACGGACCGAUGCCUGCUGCUGAGCUUGAAGAGCUUGUUCUCUCCACUCUUGCUGGAGCAAAGCUCAUUUUCCUUUCAGGGUCGCCUAUCGAUAGAUAGCAGGUUGCUUCCAAGCUCAAACCAAAUGACGUGAGAGAAAGAACCUCUUGGUGGCAAUCGUGAAGCUUUAAUAUAUUCCUUAACUGACCCCCCCCAGUGGGGGACUAGGUAGGCAGAGCGCGAAUUACGAUGACCCUAACGCAGAAGAAAUUUGUAGAAGGAAGUCGAGGAACUCAAAAAGAGAAGGAAGAAAGUCAUGGAGGGAGGGUUAAUUGGUCUAAAGAAUUACUUCACUUGUUUUGUGAUCUAUGUAUUCAAUACGUAGACAUAAGCAAGGGAAAAAAUGGUGGAAUUGUUUCACAAAGGUUAGUGUGGAAAAAAAUUGAGUCGGAGUUUCAGAGAAAAACUAACCUGCCAUGGGAUAAAAACAAACUCAAAAAUAAGAUUGAUUGGAUGAGAGAUGUAUGGACUUUAUGGAAGCAAUUGAAGUCCAAAGCUACCGGAUUAGGGUGGGAUCAUUUAAAAGGGACUAUUGGGGCUACUGAUGAAUGGUGGUCAUUAAGAAUUGAGGAAAAUCGACAGUUGGGACAAUUUAGAAAAGAAGGAAUUGAGCCAGAGCUUGAAUGUAAAUUUGAACAAAUUUUUGGGAGUUAUGCGAAUGGGAAUCUUAAGUAUAGUCCAGUAUCUAAUUUGCCACAACAAACUUUGCAAGAUGGAGUUUGUGACAGGGAUGUUCCGUCUCCACCUAAUACCCAUAUUCCUCGUGUUUGCGUUGAUGAGAUACAUGAGAACUAUUACGAGGACAAUAACUCUGUGAGAAAUGAGUCUUGGAAUGAUAUGUGGAGAGAUCUUAGCCCUAGCCCUACUUCUGCUCAUGUAGCUCCCCGUGAUGACUUUGUCGGGACAUACUCGUCCCAAAAGAUCCCAACUUCAAACAAAUUCCCUCACAAAUUGCCAGUGAUGAUAGAUAUAUGCCACAUUUCAAGGAUUGUAUUGGAGCUAUUGAUGGUACACACAUUGUAAUAACCGUACCUGAGGAGGAUCAGAUGCGCUAUCGAGGAAGAAAGGGAAUACCAACCACGAAUGUUCUAGCAGUUUGUGACUUUGAUUUGCUAUUCACAUAUGUUCUAACAGGAUGGGAGGGAUCAGCACAUGAUUCACGCAUAUUCCUAGACACAGUGAACAAUCCAAGCCUUAAUUUUCCAAAGCCACCGACUGGAAAGUAUUACUUGGUUGACAAAGGCUAUCCAGAAAGAUAUGGAUACUUGACUCCGUACCCUAAGACACGAUACCAUCAAUCGGAGUUUCGUGGAUCAAGACCAAGAGGAUCACGAGAAGUAUUUAAUCGGGCACAUUCAUCCUUAAGAAGUUGUAUUGAGAGAGCGUUUGGUGUUCUUAAGGCUCGCUGGAAGAUAUUACAAAAGAUGCCAAGUUAUUCAUUGGUGGAUCAAAACAAAAUUAUAUGUUCAUGUUUUGUAUUACACAACUACAUUAGAAAAAGCAAACUUGAUCCGGCUUUUGAUUUCAUUGAUGAAGAUCCUGAAUUUAUACCCCCUGACGUUAUUCCAGAUGUUCGAGCUAGUACUACACAAGGUGAUGAUGGAAUGAGAAAUCAUCAGAUGGCGAUCAUUCGUGAUAGCAUUGCUUCUAGUUUGAUGUCAUAGGGAUUUUAUUCUUAAUAUUACAAAUAUUGCAAUUCACCGUAUUACUUUUUUUAAGAAUUGUAUUACAUCUUAAUAUUGGUGUACUUAAUUGAUUCAUUUUUAUUGUCAUACUUUUAUCUAGUUAAUUUUAAAAAAAUUUAC